AUGUUGCUCCAAAGCAAAGCGGUGCUCCAUCUGUGUCCGGAAGUCCAGCCAGUUUUCAGACCUAAAAAGCCAGUUCCAUACGCGGUCAUAACAAUCCUUGAUGCCAAACUCAAGCGCUUUAAAGGCUUUGGAGUCCUGAGGCCCGUGAGUUACUCCCCAUGGGCUGCACCAAUCUUGGUUGUCAAAAAGUCAAAGGGUGCUGCAUGUAGCUGCGCCGAUUACUCUACAGGUCUGAAUGAUGCCCUGGACAGUCAUUGCUAUCCACUGCCAUUACCUAAUGAUAUUUUUGCCAAGAUGAACGGCGGCGCUCAGUUUGCAAAUCUAUAUCAUUCAGGAGCCUACCUGCAUGGUGAAGCUGCAGAGGAAUCCAGACACCUUCUGACGAUCAAUACUCACCGUGCCCUAUUUCAGUACGCUCGAGUGCCAUUCAGAGUGAAAACUGCACCGUCCAUCUUUCAGCAGAUUAUGGACACAAUGCUGGGUGAUCUGACCGGAGUUGCCGCAUACCUUGACAUCAUCGUCUUUGGGGCCACAAAAGAAGACUUUCUGUCCCGACUGAACGCUGUCCUUCGGAGGUCCGAACUUCUACUCACGCGCUUCAACCCCCAACUGCCUAUCGUUCUCACAACUGACGCAUCGAACCGUGGAGUUGGUGCAGUCAUUGCUCACCUUUUUCCUGACGAUACGCAAAAGCCGAUCGCUCAUACAAUGCCCUUGGCUCCAGCUAAGCGGAAUUACGGCCAAGUUGACAAAGAAGCGCUAGCAAUCAUUUUUGGGAUGAAGAAGUUCUGUAAAAUACUUUAUGGCCGACACUUCACGUUCGUGACUGUCCACAAACAACUACUGGCUAUACUCGGUUCCAAGAAAGGUAUCCCGGUAUACAUAGCCAGUCGUCUACAACGAUGGGGCACGAUUUUGCUCGGCUACAACGUUGCUAUAAAAUAUGCCUCAACCGAGAAAUUUGGGCAGGCCGAUGAGCUAGCGCGCUUGAUUGCUCCUCACGAAAUGGAACCAGAAGACACCGUCAAAGCAACCGUUGCCGUUGAACCGGAAGUGCCCUCACGGUGGCGAGCUUAUUGGCGGACAGAACGUAAAGAGCAGCGCUACACCCUUCUUCACUCGAACUUUGUAGGUGCUAAUCCAUCUAAAGGACAAGUUGUUACCAAAGGUCCGGACUAUUGUGGGUCAUGCUAUGGUGCCGAAAGUGAGACGCGCAAGUGCUGCAAUACAUGCAAAGAGAUUCAACUUGCUUAUCAAGAGCGACAUUGGGUAGUGAAAAAUCUCUCAGUCUUUGAGCAAUGCCGUGAAGAACAGUGGGACGAUACACUUGCCAACUUGGGUUCCGAAGGAUGUCGCAUUCAAGGAAGCCUGGAAGUAAACAAAGUCGCCGGGUCAUUCCACAUUACACCGGGCAAUAGCUAUGCGUCAGAUCAAGUACAUGUUCAUAAUUUGCAGGGUUUCGACGGGCAGAAGCUGAAUAUGUCGCACAAAAUCGAUAAACUGGCUUUCGGUAACAUGUACCCUGGUCAAACCAAUCCGCUUGACGGAACAACGAUGAACGUAGUGGAGCCUGCUCAGAUGGUUACCUACUACAUGAAACUUGUCCCGACUAUGUACGUUUCUUACAAUACCACGACACAGAGUCUUUCGACGGUCCAUACGAACCAGUAUUCAGUCACGUGGCAUUCGAAAGGUUCACCGUUGACCAGCGAUUCUUCGGGGAUUCCUGGACUAUUCUUCAACUAUGAGCUUUCUCCUCUCCUUGUCAAAAUCUCUUUUGAGCAUAAGUCUUUCUUGCAUUUUCUGACCAAUACUUGUGCAAUUAUCGGGGGUGUAUUCACCGUUGCCAGUCUCUUGGACGCAUUCAUCUACCAAUCCACCUGUGUGGUUCGCAAACGACUGAGUACCAAACACUCUUCGUGAUACUUUUGGUCCGGUGUUAUUUUUCCUCCCACCUUGGAAGCAAUUGUGAUCUUGCGUUUUGCCGCUGUUCUUUCAAAGAUGGAACCUCUCUUCUGUGCAACCGUGUAAAAAGGACAAGUAUUCAAGCUGCACUUGGCAAAAUCUUUUAUUCUUUGCCGUUUUGUACAGUAUAUGUUGUUGUGAGCACGGGAAUGAUCUUUGUUUUUGCUUCCACCUGUGAAAGGCAGCGCACUUCGUACCUAUCUAUAUCGGACUUUGGUUGUUCUAGCUAUCUCUCGGAUCUUCUUCAAAUGUAUGGUUGCACUGGAGCACAUUUGUUGAAAACAAAGAC